GAUGUACCGCUGCGGGCUGUCCCAGGCUUUGCCUGUGUCUUUUAGUCCUAUAGGUGGUUUUGGCGCUGCCUGACUCUAUGAGCCAUCUCCACCGCCCCAUUUAUCGGAUUGAUCUGGGUAACUAGGGGAUUCCUGGGGUGUGCCUCGCUCCCCGCCGCGGGGGUAGUUCAGUGCGGCCCCCAGGAAGGGGCCUUGGUUACUGUGUUGCUGAGUAGGCCUGAUUCGGAGCCAUGAACCUGGAGCUGCUCGAAUCCUUUGGGCAGAACUAUCCAGAGGAGGCAGAUGGCACCUUGGAUUGCAUUAGCAUGGCCCUCACCUGCACCUUUAACAGGUGGGGGACCUUGCUGGCUGUGGGCUGUAAUGAUGGACGGAUAGUAAUUUGGGAUUUUUUAACAAGAGGCAUUGCAAAGAUUAUUAGUGCACAUAUUCAUCCUGUAUGCUCUCUUUGCUGGAGCAGAGAUGGGCACAAACUCGUAAGUGCCUCUACAGAUAACAUGGUAUCAUUGUGGGAUGUCCUAAGUGGAGACUGCGAUCAACGAUUCCGAUUUCCUUCCCCCAUCCUUAAAGUUCAGUUCCAUCCUCGAGACCAUACCAUUACCAUUAAAGUACAAGCUUAUUUGCUAAUGUCUUGCUUAACCUUUUUGAAGUCUGAAGCGUUUCACCGGACGACCAGGGAACAUCUGAAUGUGUUGGAGCUUUGCAACGGUGUACGACCAGAGCGGUUGCCCAUUUUUGAUGAGGAAUGCUGGAAACUAAUGGAGGCUUGUUGGAAUGGAGACCAGUCUCAGCGCCCACUCCUAGGAAUUGUGCAGCCCAUGUUGCAAGGUAUCAUGGACCGGCUUUGCAAUACUAAAGUGUCUGGCAAAACCUUGGAAGAUUCCACCUGA